CUCUACUGACUGAACGCCGAAAGUCGGGAAGGCAUCGAGACGCAACACCAGAAACCCAUCUUAAGUUAAUGUUUCCCAUAGGCAGAGGGUACUUAAACUAAUUUGGACUUGUCAGUGUGUAAGUUUCUGUAGUUUAUGUUGGGACAGUUUUAGAAAUAGUGCGUCGGAGUGAGUAGUAAAUGCGCGCGAGAUGAAGACCGGGGUGAUUGUUGUUUUUGUGAUUUUCUGUUCUUGUAACGCAGAUCUAACAGAUCAGUCAGUAGACCAGCCAGAAGGCGUCCCUGGACCAACGGUAAUUACCCACAUCAAUACAACAAACCUCGAUGGCCACUUAUUGCUAUCAACGAUAAAUAUUUUGGACCCAAAAGCUGAUUCGUCACUCAACAAUAAUAUUUCAAGUCAGACUAGUGUGGCUGCCCAACCUAACGACUCAAUAAAUCGUCCUAUAAAAGGCCCGAUUGAUAAAGAACUUAAUAAAGGCAAUAACACAUUUAACCCAAGCACUAAUGAUAUUAAAAUAAACAUCCUGAAUAGUGGGUUGGAAACUCAAGAAACAGCAGGGAAUCAUGGUUCUGAGAAGGCUGUGGCAGAGAAAAACAAAUCGGAAGUGCCGAGAGAUAGUGUCAUUUCUGAAAAUAAUGCAAAGUUAGGCCAUGAUUUGAAAUUAGUUUCAGCAAUAGAGAGCAUCAGUUCCAGAACGAAUGAAAUUGGUCUGGAGAACGCAUCCAGAACUAAAUUCUCGAUAGCAACUUCAAGAGAGCCCACUACAUUAGUUACUACGAAUAUUGGUACAGAUUCGACAAUACCGCCAAGUACCACUCAUUUUACAACACCAGAUAACACGUAUGUAACUCCUUCGACUUAUACAGAAAGAGAAACUAUUUAUUCACCCUACGGCACUCAUGAACCAACUACAAUAAUACCUCAUUCCAUUAAGCUCGAUGAUAGGUUUGGAAGUAAUACAUCUUCCCAUGAUGCCGUUACAACCUCAACACACCAUCAUAGAAAUGGAACUCAUAAGUCUAGUACACAUCGAUACCACAGACCUACAGCCGUUAGUGGAGUGUCUACUGGACAUACCUACCAUAAGUUCAACAAAUACACUAUGCAUCAUUACGGAACCAGAGUCACUCAUGCAACACCUUCUAGUACUUCUAAUGGGCACCACAGAUUUAGGCCUACACAUAGACGCACCCAUGUAUAUAAUCGAUUUUCAGAUACCACUGAAACAGCAGAUACUAGUCCAAAUAGUACGAAUAUCUAUAAUAACAAUGCAACGACAGUUACUUCAACUACUAGUAGAUAUCACAGAUAUAAACCAGUUCACAAAAAUCAGCAUAGUUAUCAUCGGUACUCCAAAACUACAACCACUGCUCCAGAAACACAUACUACGCAUAGGUAUCAAAGAUACAAACCAGUUCGUACAAAUCAUUACACUCACCGUCACUAUUCACAUUUCAAACCAAAGAGAGUUGCACAUAAUGAAACAAAAACAAAUAGUACAGACACCGAAGAUAAUAAUAUUGAAACAACAACUAUUUCUACUCAUAGAUACCAUAGAUACAAACCAAUACAUAAAACCGCUCACAAUUACCACAGUUCUUAUCACAGAAGAACUACACAAACUAUAUUGAAUGGUAGUACUACAGAAGCUAGUAACAACGGCGAUAAUAACACUGAAACAACUACUAUGUCUGUAAUAUCUUCUACUACACACAGGUAUCAUAGAUUCCAUCCAAAGACAAAUAUUUAUAAUCGUUAUAAUAUACAGCGUUCACAUAAUCGACCUUCAGGUAGUUAUUUUUAUACUACCAGGCACCAUUCACAUAAGGAACAAGGAAACAAUGGAAACUAUUCUACAACGGAAAUGUCAAUAAACAAAAAUAUAUAUCAGAAUUAUAGAUAUCGCAACCACUUUUCCAAUCGUUUUUUAAAUCAUCCAAGUUCCACAGAAAAUUCCAACUCGACUUCUUCUAACACGACCACCCCCAAUGCUACAAAGACUGAAGAACCUAAUAUAAAUCCUGAAGCAGAUAGUGAAACAGAUGCUACAACAACUGAAAUAUCUAGCACGAACAUGUACGACAGGUAUAAGAGAAUGCGCCAUAGAAUGAACACCAUGCCUCAUUCACCCAUUUCCAAACAUAUACAACCCACUGAAUCUGAUACGUCUGAGAGUAUCGGAAAUGAAACAACGAUAAGACCUACUUCAAGUACCAGUAUAUAUCAACGAUAUCGCAAUGUUCAUAGACCCAUGCAAAUGAAACGUUUAAUGCAAAUUAAUCAUAAAGAGGCUAUGGUAACUGCUGAUAAAGACGAAAAUAGUGAACAUACGACACAGCCUGGAAUAACAGCUGAAACCACUAGUGUGUAUGACAGAUAUAGAAAAUUCCAUCAGAGGAUUAACAUCAGGCCUCAUGUGGAGACUUCCAAUGGUACAACCCAAACUCAUUCGAACUCAUAUGAACCCAGUCAAACUGAUAGUAUUGCAAAUGAAAUUACAACCCAAGAACCUACGGCAAGUACCAGCGUAUAUGAAAGAUUCCGUCACGCGUAUAGACCUCUACGUAUGAGACCAUUAGUACAAGCCAAACAUGAAGAAACAACUACCCUUGAUACAACUGAUACUCCUUCAAAUUCAUUUGAACCCAAUCCACAUAACAGAUUUGGAAAUGAAAUUUCAACCCGAGAACCUACUGCAAGUACUAGUGUGUAUGACAGAUACCGUCACGCGCAUAUACCUAUGCGUAUGAGACCAUUACUGCCAGCCAGGCAUGAUGAAACAACUACCCUUGAUAUAACAGAUACAACUCAAACUCCUUUUAAUUCAUUUGAAACCAAUCCAACUGACAGAUUUGGAAAUGAAAUUUUAACUCAAGAACCUACUGCAAGUACUAGUGUGUAUGAAAGAUACCGUCAUGCACAUAGACCUAUGCGUAUGAGACCAUUAGGGCAAGCCAGGCAUGAAGAAACAACUACCCUUGAUACAACUGAUACAACUGAUACUCCUUCAAAUUCAUUUGAACCCAAUCCAACUGAUAGAUUUGGAAAUGAAAUUACAACCCAAGAACCUACUGCAAGUACCAGUGUGUAUGAAAGACUCCGUCACGCUCAUAGACCUAUGCAUAUAAGACCAUUAAUGCAAGCCAGACAUGAAGAAACAACUACCCUUGAUACAACUCAACCUCCUUCAAAUUCAUUUGAACCCAAUCCGACUGAUAGAUUUGGAAAUGAAAUUACAUCCGAAGAACCGACUGCAAGUACAAGUGUGUACGAAAGAUUCCGUCACGCUUAUAGACCUAUGCAUAUGAGACCAUUAGUGCAGGCCAGACAUGAAGAAACAACUACCCUUGAUACCGCUGAUACAACUCAACCUUCUUCAAAUUCAUUUGAACCCAAUCCAACUGACAGAUUUGGAAAUGAAAUUACAUCCGAAGAACCGACUGCAAGUACAAGUGUGUACGAAAGAUUCCGUCACACUUAUAGACCGGUACAUAUGAGACCAUUAAUGCAAACCAGACAUAAAGAAACACCUAUCUCUGAUAGUACUGAUUCAACUGAUAGCACAACAGAUGUUACAAUAACAACAGAUACAACUGAUGUAACCAGUAUAUAUGACAGAUAUAGAAGAUUUCGUAAUGUUCAUAAACCUGUACAUAUGAGACCGAUAAUAAGUACAGGGGUACCUAAUACUUCUGAAACUAAAAUGUAUACAUACGAUCUGCAAUAUGAUGAAGGUUCAACUGCAACAGAUGCUACUACAGACAUUCCUGAAACAAAUAGGCCACGUAUACAUAUGAGACCGCGUAUUUCUGAAGUUAACCAUAGAGAAAUCAGUUCCCAUUCACAGCAUCCAACAAGAAUGCUAUAUAAUAGACAUCUGUAUGAUAGGCGACCACUUAGCCAGCACAAAACAAUUGUUACAGAUAACAUUAAUACAGAUACAGAAACUUCAUUAGCUCCAGAACUUUCUGGCAAUGAAGACACUGAUUCAGAGGAUUUCACUUUAUCUCCAGUCGCUACAAAUAGGUUUAAUAAUGUAAGAAAUAGACGCAGAUAUCCAAACCAAAGAAGUUUUUUUGAAAAUGAAGAUGACGAUUCAGUUACCUCUGUUCCAACACGAGAACUUAUUGAAGAUCAUGAAACUCAUUAUCAUCGACCGAUUCGCAUAAGACCCCGACAUUUGGCAACUCAUAGAAGACCUUUUUAUGCAGAAGAUAAUUAUGAAGAAUCAGAUUUAGAUCCUGAAGAAUCUGAAUAUAAAGUAAGAAGACGACCACACAAUCGACAUUUGCGUAGAAAACCACAUUAUUACACGGAAUCAGAACCUACUGAAUAUUAUGGAGCUUACGGUAAAAAUAUUCCUGAAGAAAGAUAUAGGAACAAUGAUGGGAACAAUAUAGCUCUAAAAUUUCAGAAUCAAAGAAGUCAAAAUUUAGCUACAAAAACUGAUACAUACGAAGAGGAUCCUGAAUCAUAUUAUCAUGAGGGCCAUGUAAAAGUUAAACAUUCUAUAUCAGAUAACAAAUAUUUCAAUAGUUUGGAAAGGGGUGGCAGUGUUCGAACAAACCCUGUACGUGCUGAUGUUUCUGCUAGUGAAUCUAUAAUAAACAGAAAAGACCGGGACACUUUAGGGAUAAAAACUUCAGACAUUAUUUUGAACGAUGAAGAAAAUAGCAUUUCAAACACGGAGAUCAGACAGAAUGGAUCGUUAAAUGAAAACAAUAGUGAAAAUAAAAGGAAUGACAGUGUAUCAGUUGCUUUGGAGGACACAUUAUUUGCAGACGAAGCAUCUGAUGAUUCACUAUUUAACACAGGAGACCACGCAGGAAGCGACCUCUUUGGCGAUGCUGUCGAUCCGACGAUACUCCCUUCCGAAACAGUUACUGUAUCUUUACCAAAAAGUUUCUAUUCCAGUAGUCUUGAUGAUGUGUCAGAAGAGGCAAACAAUCAAACAUCUUUAAAGAAAACAAACAACACAAUUAACCAAGUUCCAAACAAUUCAGAAAAUGAUGAAGAACUAAUAAAGGAGCGUAAUAUAUCAGGUUUAAGUGAAACUGAACUACACCAGAUGCAAAGAUAUAUUGAUGAGCGAAAAUCUAUGACUGAAGAUGAAACGGCAGAAGAAACUACUGAGCAGGAAUUAGUAACAGUUGAUCCAAAACACUGGUAUACAUUAGCUCCUCAGCAAGAUACUUCUGAUUCAAACGAAGUUGAUAGGGAAAUUAAUCCAAAAUCUGAUAAACCAAUAAUAAUUGAAGAAUUGUUCCCAAAUACAAGGAAUGAAACACAAAGUUUUACUACAGAAACUAUUAUAACUGAGAGUACAAUAGAAACAGUUACAGUACCGGAAAUAACUGUAACUACUGAAGCUGCAACAACUGAAAAUAAAGUAAUGUAUUUUACUAUGCCAUACGAAGAUAAUUCUAAUUCUUCUGGAUCAAAUACAAAAAGCAAAACUACUGAAAACGGCUACUCGAUUGAAGAACUUGGAAUGGAAAAUAUUGCCAUUAAAUCUAGAAUUGAUGUCUCAACAGAAUCAUCUGUUAUUCCUACCACUGAUAAUGUGGAACUAAGUACAGAUGGUUCAUUUUUCUUUACUGAUAAUAAAGCAGAACAAAUGGAUUUACUUUCACAAAAAAAUAAAACAGCAAAACAAGAAAAUAUUACAAUUGCAGAACUGAAUACAACGAACAUAGAACCUGUUAAUAGUAGCAAUAAAAGUCUAGAAAAUGAUUCAAAUUUUGGUAAAUCUCUUAAAGAAAUGACAGCGCAAUUGAUUACAGAGUUAAAGAUUUUUGAAGAUAAGAACAAAACUGAGAAAAGUAAAAAUGAAACUAUUGUAACUGAUAUCGCCAAAACUACCAGCAAUCAUGAUAAUAACAAAAUUGAACUUACAUCUAAUAGUACAAUAAAAUAUUUCACCGAAGAACCCACGACUAACCGUAUUGAAACUGUAACAAGUCUGGAAAUGAUGGAUACCGAACACAAAGUAAAUAAAAGUGACAUUUUAGUUACACAAAAACAGAAUAAUUCAUCGUCAAAUUCAUAUAUUGAAAACAAAAAAAUUGAAACUGUAACAAUUCUAGAUAGGAUAGGUAGCGCACACAAAGUAAAUGAAAGUGACAGUUUAGUCAAGCAAAAACAAAAUGAUCCAUGGUCAAAGUCAUCUAUGGAAAACAAAAAAGUUGAAACUGUAAGAAUUUUGGAAGAAAUGGAUACUGAACACAAAAUAAAUAAAAGUGUCAUUCUGGCUAACCAAAAACAAAAUGAUUCAUCGUCAAAUUCAUCUAUCGAAAACCAAAAAGAUAGUACAUUAAUUAAUUCAUUAACAGAAACUUCUACAGAAGCAAAUUUUGAUGCAGAAACUACAACAGAAAGUGAAAGAAAUAGCACUACAUUCUCCUUAACAGAAAGUAGUAUUUUAGUUUUACCUACAACCAACCAAACUGUUGUACAAGAAAGUGAUCCUGUUAUAGUCACCAAUAUUUUUGGACAUAAGUCCAAUUUUACUGCUCAAUUACAAAUGCAGAAUUCUUCCGACUACCUACCGUCAGACGUCAACGUUACAGAAGACGCAAUAAAUCAGGUGUUGAACUUCACUUGGUCUCCCCACGAAGACGUCGUCAAUACCAUAUCGUUAAAUCUAAGAAAAGUUUCCAAGCAUUAUGUUAUAGACGGUCUACAGCUGUAUCUCGUAAAGGACGGGAACGUGUCUGUUUGGGCCAAAAAUGAAAUUCAACCGCAGAAGGAUAAAGUAUCGAAACAGCUGUGUUUUGAGAUUGAAAACGGCAUCCGAGUUACGUUUUCCAACCUUGAUUUUCUUACAGCAGAAGAAGAGACGGAUAUCCUAGCAGAUAAACAUCAAGUAGAAGCUGCAGAAAAAAGUGAUACGAAAAUCAUGAGUGUUGAAAUUAUCGGUGGUGUGGGUGUGCUCCUAUGCGCAGUCCUUGUAGCCAUGAUUGUGUCAUAUCGAAUAAUUAAAAUGAAGAAACGAGGGAAAGCCACACUGAAUAGUAGAGUAUAGCACGAGAAUGUUGUGUAGAAAUAAGAAAUUUGUAAAUAUAAUUUUAAGGUUAAUGUUAAACUCGUUGUCAGUAUUUUUAUUGUUUUUAUAUAUAAGGAAGAGUCAAAUAAUGUUAGUUCUAAAAUAUAAGAUAAAGAGAAGAUAAGCAUAAUGAAUGUUCAGUAUUAUUAUAAUAUGGAACUUGGACAUAAUAGUCAAUAUUAACAGAAAAAUUAAAUAAAUAAAUAAAUAAAAAAAAUCGUGAUUUACUAUGGAAUCUCUAACGCGAGAAUUUUAGUGCCACCGUUGCAUUUGGUUGUCUUUUUAAAGACAGAUCACAUGCUAUGAUGUUUUGUGGCGGAUAUUCUUGAGUUGUAUUGAUUUCAUGUAAUCAAAUGAACUAUCUUUUAGUAAAAGUCUAGUAAAAGUUUUAGUUUAGUAAAGUCGUCCCAGGAACGCAACUCAUCAAUAUUGGCAAUAUUAUUUUAAAGUCUUCUACUUUAAAAUGUAUAAUACAUGUCUGAAUUGCCGAUAUAAGUGAGUCGGAUUAAAUAAAUUAUUAGAAGAAUUUUUUACUAAGCAACAACAUUUUUGUUUAAUUUAGUAUUAUUUUGUAUUUUGACAACGACAACCGACUUGGGCGUCGAAACGUUAAUAAAAUCAUUUUUUUGGUAAAAUUGUGGCUUAUUUUUAUUGAAAAUAGUUGAUAACAGAAAAAUACCUUAUAUUUCUUUUAAAUGAAUAUUAUUCAUUUAUUUUUCGUUUCCUCAGCAGGAGCAUGAUUCAAUUCUGUAUAAGUGGAAUUAGUGGAUUUAUCACUCUUGCCACUGUAGUGAAAUGUAAAAAAAAUUUUAGAUCUGUCUUUGAUUCUUCCUCUUAUAUUCUUAUGUAGUUAAUAUAUUAUAAAAACGGGUUUUCAUAGCAUUACUGCUUAUGUUAGUAUUUACAUAAGCUUUUUAUACAAUUUAGAAUAAUUUGAUCAUUUAAUGUUGAAUAAAAUGUACAGUUUUAUUUAUUUUAUUAACAAUUUUCUUUGUCUUCAUCCUUAAGGCUGUUUUAUCAGUUGAAGCACACUGCAAUGUUAAGUGGGCGUAUCACUUACUUUCGUA